CUUUCUCUCGUCAAAUCGUCCAAUCCGAGCUGAUCUCCGAUCCGAAAUUCUCUCUGAUGCUCCUCCUGUUGAGUUCUUGUUUGACUUCUCCGGCCAAGAUUUCGACUGCAAGCCGAUUUUGCCCUGUUAUUGUAAUUUUAGUAGCUUUUUGAUGGAUUAGGUGUUCCGGUGAUGGACUCGGUUGAAUUGACUUACCACAUGGAGAGGCGGCUUGUCAGAGCUGGAGUUGAGCUGGAGACGGAGUUCUGCAGCUCAUCUCUGAGCUAUAAAGACGUAACAAACGGUUCUUCAAAAUCUGAACCAUCUAAGCUUGAUGGUCAGCACCGCAGCAACUAUCAGGGUGAAGACUCGUCCAGGCACCUACAUGCCAAGGGCAGAAAUGGAUUUUUGUUAAAUCAUGGAAUUGAAAGUGGUCACUUACAACGGAAAUCAGUAAAGGUGUCAAAAACGGGAAAUUUGCCUUCUAAGAGACCACGGAUCACUCAGUUGGAAGAUUCAGUUAGCCUAGCUGAAGUUGAUGGGAUAAAGGACAUGCCAGAUAAGCUGGGUCCAUAUCUUACAAAGUGCAAUUCUGCAGAUAAGACUCAAUUGGCGAAACAAAAGACCAAAUUUACAAGCAAGCGAGGUGAUAAGAGAAAUCACAAACAUCCUGUAAAGACUAAAAACGAUUCCUUCUCUGUGAAGGCAGGUUUGGCAAGCUUCAGUUCGGCUUCUGGAGGGAACAACUUCUUUGGAGCACAUGGCCUUAAGUCAGAUAAUCAUGAUGUUACAAAGCAUGUAGACGAUCUGCCACUGAGUGAGCUCCUUGAUGGCACAUACAAACAUCUCAGUUUUGGUAAGGAUAAAGGAAAAAAACCAGCGAAUGUUAACGAUAGUUUUUUGCAUUCGAUUAGAAAGGCUUGCUCUAUCCUUCAGCACCCGAGGUCUGUCCAGCCCCAACAUAAUGCUGAAGUAGAUAGCCAUUCCGAAAUGAAAAUGUCAUCUUUGCCAUUAAGCACAACUGCUGUUGUAGCUAACGGUAUUCAUGGUGAUAAAGGAGAUUCAUCCAAAACAGAUCUGUCUUCAUCUGACAAGGUACAUGAUUCUUGUAGCGGGCCUGAUAGUCCUGCUAAUCCCUUUGAUAUGCCACUAAGGCAACCCAAUCAUAUUCUGGAACGCUUGGAUCUUGCUCCUCACAAGGAUUUGGAAUCUUUGCUGCUGGAUGCCACAAAACCUGGGUUAUUUUCAAAAAGUACUCCUGAUCCGUGCUCAGGCAAGCAAAUGUCUCGGCGAGCAAGUUUGCCACCUUUCCCAUGGUCAAAUACUUCUAAUUGGCAUUGUAGAAGCAGUUCAGAUGCAGGAAAAUUGUCAACAAGCAGGGGCACAUGUCAAGGUCGAUGGCUAAGAAUAGAGAGGAAUACUGUUACUUCAUUGGGAAUUUCCACUAGUGAUUUUACAGACUUGGAGUCAAUGACUUAUGAUCAGAGUCUAGUUCCUUCUUCAAGACCAAAAAUUACUUGUUCAAGUGAUAUAGUUUCCCCAACCAUAUCUGUUUUACCUCAGUGUGAGUUGGAUUCAUCGGCUUCUGCAGCAUGUUUGAAGGAAUCAUAUACUGCUUUAGACUUGGGAGGGAAGGUGAAGCAGUCAGGAAAUAGUAAUGAUGAGCAUUCUUCAAAUAUAUUAGCUGCUGCACAAAUACUCUGUGGCAUGUCAACAAAUCCCUUCAAUCGAAAUCCAGAUGGAAUCCUACGAUGGCAAAAGAAGCCUUCACAGAAGGCCAUGAAAGCUCGCAAGUUGAAAUCAGUUGAGAAACCUGAUGAUGUAUAUGGAUCAUCAAUUGCAGUAUCUGGGUCUGACAAUCUCCCAAGAAGAAGCAUUGACCGAAUGCUGAUGCUGCCCCCAAAGAGGCCCAAGCUCUCUUCAAGUGAUGAUAGAAAGGAUUACAAUAACUUCAGUAGCGUUAGAAAAGAACCAAUAAGCUGGUCAACACCAAGAUCAAGUAGGUCAUUACCUAGCAAAUCUGGUAAAGAGUCAAUUGGGAGCAUUAGACAUUCGACUUCUGAUGUGGCGAAGCAUUCAUAUAUGAUGCCUCCACCUUCAAGGGUUCCGGAGAAGGCUCCCUAUAAGCGAGACAAGUCAAGGAAGUUAUUGACGAUGGAAUGGAACAGGGGAAGAGAUCGGCCAGACUGAUGAAUCUUUCAUUCUCUAGUGGGUAGGGUUUGCAUUGAUUCUGAAAUUCGGGUUAUUGGGAUACAUUGAUUUGUAUAUAUCACCAUGUGCUGCAGGCAGAAAGGAAUGUGGCAAAUGGUUAGGCACUUAGGCAGAAUGAAAUUGUUGUAAGAAAAGUAUGAAUAGGAAAUCUUAUGUUGUAAGAAAGCAUAGAACACAGUAGUGGUGAAUUCUUCGCCAUGAAGAUCAUUCAAAUUUCAAAGUCUGUUUCGACAGGUCCCAAUCUUC